UAUUUAGAAUUUUCUAUAAAAAUGGGAGUUAAUCACAGCUCUCCAUCAUUUCAUUUUUGGUCCUACACUCGACCGUAGUAUUGAAAAUGAGGGCAUUCAUCGUCUUGCUUCUUGCCGUGGCGGCAUCCGCCAGAUUGGCACCCCUUCUCACCCAAAGGAAUCGUAUCCCUGGACGUUACAUCGUCAAGCUGAAGGAGGGACACAGCAUCGAUACCAGCAUUGCCUCUCUCGGUGAUGCUAAGAUCCUUUACAAGUUUAAGACCGUCUUCCCAGGAUUCGCUGCUCAGCUCUCCGACCGUCUCGUCGAAAGGCUGCGAAAGUCUGAUGCCGUUGAGUACAUCGAAGAGGAUGGCGUAGUGGAAGCUAGCUCCGUCGCCUCAUGGGGUCUCGAUCGUAUUGAUCAGCUCAGCCUCCCACUCGAUGACGUUUACACACCAAUCGGUGAUGGCAAUGGCGUCGAUGUCUACGUCAUCGAUACUGGUAUCAACAUCAACCACGUCGACUACCAAGGUCGCUCUGCCCUCAGUUUCGAUGCCUUCGGAGGCACUGGUGCCGACUGCAACGGUCACGGAACUCACUGCGCUGGAACCGUCGCUGGUACCGACUACGGUGUCGCCAAGGCAGCAAACAUCUUCGGUGUCCGUGUAUUGAACUGCAUGGGAUCAGGAUCAUGGUCUGGUGUUGUCGCUGGUUGCGAAUGGGUUGCUGAGAACGCCAACGGUCCUUCAGUUGCGUCCAUGUCCCUUGGUGGUGGAGCUAGUACUACCGUCGAUGACGCUAUCCAAGUCAUGAUCGAUGCCGGAAUCACUGUUGCUGUAGCUGCAGGAAAUGACGACGACAAUGCAUGCAACUACUCUCCUGCUCGUGCCGUUGAGGCCAUCACCGUAGGAGCCACCGACAGCAGUGAUGACCGUGCCUACUUCUCCAACUAUGGUACCUGCGUGGAUAUCUUCGCCCCAGGAGUUUCCAUCACUUCUGCCUGGAUCGGAGGCUCUACUGCCUCAAACACCAUCAGCGGUACCUCCAUGGCCUGCCCACACGUUGCUGGUGCCGCAGCCAUCGUUCUUGGAAUCAACGGAACCAUUACCCCUGCCGAGGUUACCUACGAGAUCCUAACCAAGUCCAUCUCCGGUGUUGUCUCUGAUCCUGGCUUCGGAUCCCCCAACCUUCUCCUCUACAUGGGUGAGGGUAAUGGUGGUGGAGAGGUACCAGACCCAGAAGAUCCAUCCGACCCAACCGACCCAGCUGACCCAACCUGUGGUGGUUUCUUCAACGCUACCUCGGGUGUGUUCGCCAGCCCCAACUACCCAGCUUCCUACGACAACAAUGCAGAUUGCGACUUUGACUUUACCGCUGCUGAGGGCGAAGUCAUCUCUCUUACUUUCAACAACUUCGAACUAGAGAGUUCAUCAACCUGCUCCUACGAUUCCGUUUCCAUCUACGAUGGCGCUGACUCUUCCGCCCCUCUUAUUGGAGAAUAUUGCGGUAGUAACAGUCCAGGUACCGUCACCAGCAGUGGUAGCAGUCUCUACAUGAAGUUCACUUCUGACAGUUCCGUCACCUACAGCGGAUUCUCUGGAGCUUUCACCAUGAGGGAAGCACCAGAUAUCCCAACUCCUGUCCGUUGCGGAGACAUAGUGACCAGGCCUUCUGGUAUUGUGAAAUCACCAAACUUCCCAGACUACUACGACAACAGCGACGAGUGCACCUUCACCCUCCAGGGUAAGAGCAACGAGACUGUCACUCUCAGCUUCACUGAUUUCGAUGUUGAAGACCAUUCCUCAUGCAACUUCGAUGCCCUCGAGAUCUACGAAGGUGUUGAUGAUACCGGUCCCCUCCGUACUAAGCUGUGUGGAUCCGAGAUCCCAAGGACUAUGAGGUCUUUCACCAAUGCUUUCCACCUCAAGUUCACUACCGAUAGUUCAGUUACCCGUACUGGCUUCAGGGCUCUCUUCACCAUCCAAUAAACGGUGACGUCAUAAAUCAACAUCUCCCCCGCUUACAGACAUGUAUCCGUCUCGGUUCAAAAAGUCGACGGAUACCCGGACCCUUGAACAUUUCAGACAGACGUGAAGAAUUUUAUAUUUGAACUUUACUUUUUUCAGCACCAUUUGCAAUCUGCCCCCGUCUAUGUGGGAGUAUAUGCCUAGUGGGUAUCACGCUGUAUAGCAUGCUGAUCAUUUAAAGGGCAUUACGUGCAAUAACAAUCAUCCCAGAAAUAUAGAUCUUAUGUAUAAACAAAUAAAAUGUAAAGAU